UUUGAAGCCCCGCAAGUUCCGUCAAUAAUAUCAAGUGGAAAGCAAAUCUACUCCCGCCGAGGAGGAUGCAAUGCGUUUCAAGAGUCAAAUCAAGAAUGUGAACUUAUUUGCAAGUACGGCUUGACCUGCCAUUCUCCCUUCCAGCCUCGACCCUGACCAGUCACAGAGUUCUGUGCUUCUUUGGCCUCGCUAGGGCAGAUUGCCUGGUGUCGGCUGAACGAUGACGAUGUGCAGUUCACCAUCGUGCCAGACAAGGGGAGUCAGGUAUGGUCAGUCUUGAAGCCUGAGACAGUAUUCGAGACGUACAUUCUCCAGUCCGCGUCACCCAAGAACACCAUCAAUCUUGAAGUCCCCAUCCAGGCACUUUCGAGGGCCCUACGGUCGGCAUACAACGCGACGUCGACACAGAUACGACUGACCAAGAAAGACAAUGUGCCUAUGCUAUCAUUGACGAUUGUAACAACUACAUUCAGCGGUGGGAGUAAUGUAGUGGCAGUUCCAACAACUACCCGACAGAAUGGCGAAGCUGACCAAUUUGAUUUCCCGGACGACCUGGCUGAGGCUUCAUUGUCUCAAGCCAAUGCUGGAGGGUCGAGAGAGCGGGAAACCAUCAUAACUCAGGAUAUACCAGUGAAAGUACUGACAAUGGAGGUGGUGGAGAGAAUUCACCAGCCACGAACCCAGGAACCGGAUGUCAACAUCUUUCUACCUCCCUUAGCCCAGGUCAAGACGAUAUCUGAUCGAUUCACCAGACUCGCAGUGGCUACUACAAAGACUUCCUCUAGCACGAGUCCCCGGUUAGAACUCAGCGCCAACAUGCAUGGUUCGCUGAAGAUCUCGGUUAGGACGGAUGCGUUGAAUAUUACUAGCCGUUGGACCGGCCUCGUCAAUCCUGAGCUGGACCCUCACCAUUUUCCCGAUGGCUCACAGGGUGUCAGAGACCAUCCGAGCACAAAGAUGAAAGAGCUGGGUGGGCCAAAUGGUGAAAACGAAGCAGGAUGGUCGAAAGUCAGAAUCGAUGCUAAAGACUGGUCGAGAGUUCUAUCAGUGGGCAGAGUUAGUGCACGGGUUAUUGCAUGUUUCAUCAACGAGGGUGGUCUAGUGUUGUACGUCUAUCUGCCAAACGACGAGAAUGGGAGCGAGGACGAAUCGUGUCUUACGUACUAUAUCAGCUCUUUCGCGGCGUAAGAGACGGCAUCGUCGUCCUUGACAGCGUCAAGGAACUUGGUGCAAUUGGCAGGCCACUGCCCAAAUUCCGCUCAAUCCUCCAACGGCAGCCGCUGCCAAUCGCAGGCAUGAUUCAGGACAGCUGCAUUAAGCGAUAAAGACUCUGCCGAUCUUCAAAAUCCUGCUCGCCUCGAGGCCGAUCAACAAACCAGGCUGGUCCCAGAGAUAACGCAAACUCCGCUGCACGUCGAAACUGGUCAUCUUUCGUCCGGGAUGCGCUCUGGCUGUGGAAUGCCAGGUGCAACGGUCUUCGCCGCCUGUUCAUAGCGUUGCACAAUAAACUCCAGCAAAGCACUUGGGUGCGACAGCGGAGACGAAGAGGUGCUGUUAUCAGCAGUCUCACCGCAUUGCCUCUUUAACAAGGUGUGCAGAGGCAUCGUUACCGGCGCAAUCUAAGAAGGCUGGCAUGAAAAUCGUCGACCUUAGAUAGGCACUCCUCAGCACUGCGCAUCAGCAGCAUUUGCGCCAAAUAGCAAGAGAACCAAGACAUAUCCUAGC